UCCUCCUAGGCCAGAGGUUUGAGUAUUUAUGUUGAUAAAAGAUGGAAAUUUUCUUCUCCGUGCGGUCACACCCCCUUCACACCUUCCAAUCCCUCGGCAGCGAUGGGAAGACCGACACCAAUCUAAGUUUGCCCCGUCCCAAAUCCAAGAUGCUGUCGCUGCUGAGACUUUGGGGUAUUUAGGGUGUUUCGGGACUUGGUGUUGAGAUGGAGCAGGUGGAGGAAGCUAACCGAGCUGCUGUGGAGAGCUGCCACGGUCUCCUGAGCCUGCUUUCCCAGUCCCAGGAUCAAGUCCAGUAUAGGAAUCUGGUGGCAGAGACAGGGGAGGCUGUUUCUAGGUUCAAGAGAGUGGCCUCAAUGCUCAGUGAUGGUGUGGGUCACGCAAGGGUGAGGAUUGUGAAGGGAGUCCAAUCCCCCUUCCACCACAAGGUUUUCCUGGACCAUCCAUUGGUAUUAUCUGAGAUAGACCCUUCUCCAAAGCCUCUCCAGCUCCUGCCAAAAAGUCUAUUAGAUACCUCAGCACCAGAGUUGGGUUCCAGUGCUAAAAAUUCACAGCAGCUCACCCAAAAGAUCUUAUUUGAGAACCCAGGGCUGGAUUUGAAUUCCUCUUCUUCUAGGAGCACUCUCCAGCUUGCACCACAGGGUCCUCCAACAGCAGCCCAUUUUCAGUUCCUCCAACAGCAGCAGAACAACCAAAGGUUUCAGCUCCAGCAGCAGAUUAAGUUCCAGGCUGACAUGUUCAGGAGGAGCAAUGGUGGCAUAAACCUCAAGUUUGAUAGCUCGAGCUGCACGCCGACCGCAUCGUCUGCGAGGUCCUUCUUGUCGUCGCUGAGCAUGGAUGGGAGUGUGGCCAGCUUGGAUGGAAAGGCAUUCCAUCUGAUUGGUGGACCAGCAGCAUCUGAUCCAGUGAGCACACAUCUGCCUCCAAAGAGGAGGUGCUCGGGCAGAGGGGAGGAUGGGAAUGGAAAAUGUGCGACGGCCGGCAGAUGCCACUGCUCGAAGAGGAGGAAGCUGAGAGUCAAGAGAUCCAUCAAGGUGCCUGCUAUCAGUAACAAACUUGCUGACAUCCCGCCCGAUGAAUAUUCAUGGAGGAAAUAUGGACAGAAACCAAUCAAGGGUUCUCCUCAUCCUAGUUAAUUUAAUGCAGGGGAUACUACAAAUGCAGCAGCAUGAGGGGCUGCCCUGCAAGGAAGCACGUCGAGAGGUGCCUGGAAGACCCCUCAAUGCUCGUUGUUACUUAUGAAGGCGAGCACAACCACACCAGGUUGCUCACCCAGUCUGCCCACACCUAGAGGCAUUAGAGCUCUCCACCAGCAGCCAGCCCAACUGCUGCUCCAUCUGCAUCCCAGCCUCAUUUAGGGCCGACCGAGCCGCUCUUGUACAUGUUUACUUUCUGUUAGUUGAAGACCAAGGCAGUGGAGCAGUUGCUGAUGUGGGUAAGUCUCUUGGAUCCUGCAAGCUUUCUGGUAUGAAGAGGGAGCAUACAAGAGGAUACUCCCCCGUCGAGCCACAUAGAAAUGCUACCUGAGUAAUGGUCGAAGAAAGCGAACGAAGAACUCUUUCCUUGCUCAUUUGGGUGAAGCUGCGCUUGUUCAAUUUACAUCUCAAACCAUCACUGCAACCAUGUUCAAAAGCAGUUGGAUGGAAGAUAUAUAUAGCAGACCUUUUUUGAGACAGCAAUAGGCAUUUUGUAAUCUUGGAAGGGAAUGGUAGUAUUUCAUGUUGCUCAAAUGUGUUCCUUGCUUUGCUUUCA